UCCCUAGCGGCGCUCGGCUCCGCCCUCCACUCGCCUCCACAGUCAUAGUCCCGGGCCGGCGUGUCGGCGUGUGUGGUAAUGCGGCUCUUUCUAGGUGAGAGGAGAUAACCGCGUCCUGUCCUUGGCCUGAGCGAUGCUGAGAAGCUGCGCUGCGCGCCUGCGCACUCUUGGGGCUCUGCCUGCGAGGCGACCCGGACUGGUGUGGAGGUUGUUUUCUUCUGAGAAAGUCAUUCACAAGGACUAUGGUCUCCCAAACCCCAGCUGGAGCAAGGACCUAAGACUCCUCUUUGACCAGUUCAUGAAGAAAUGUGAAGAUGGCUCCUGGAAACGUUUGCCUUCAUACAGACAAAAUCCUCAAAUCUUUAAAGAUUUCCAAACUCGCUUUGUUGAUCCCAGGUUUGCGAAAGAAGAACAAAUGUCUAAGGCCCAACAGUUCAUCAGAAGCUUUGAGGAAGGCCUGGGCUUUGAAUAUGUGAUGUUCUAUAAUAAAGCAGAGAAGAGAAUGGUUUGCUUGUUUCAAUCAGGUCUUCACCUUCAAGGGGUACCUGGGUAUGUUCAUGGAGGUGCCAUUGCAACCAUCAUUGAUGUUACUACUGGCACGUGUGCAAUUGCCGAGGGAAUUGCCAUGACUGCCAACCUCAACAUCGACUAUAAAAAGUAAGUCUGUGACCAUUCUCCUUAUGUUCUUAAGUCAUAUUCUCCAGCAGCAGAUCCUGAGUUCAAGGUCAGUAAACAUUUUCUGUUAAUAUUUUAUAUUUGUGAUCUGUAUAAUGUAUGACACACUUUUUAACUCAGCCAUGAAAGGACAGAAGCUGCUCUAGAUAGUACAUAAGGAUAGCCAUGUCCUAGAUAGUGCAUAACAAUAGCCAUGUCCUAGAUAGUGCAUAAGGAUAGCUGUGUUCUAGAUAGUACAUAAGGAUAGCCAUGUCCUAGAUAGUACAUAAGGAUAGCUAUGUUCUAGAUAGUGCAUAAGGAUAGCUGUGUUCUAGA